AUGAGUUCAAAAGUAGUGUCAAGCACCCAACAACAAAGCCUGUAUUCAUCAUGGAAACUACAGAAAAAAGCAAUCCCAGACCGCGUUUCGGCCAUCUCCUUCUCCUCUAAGAUUUCAACAUCAAAAAUUUCAUCGAGAGCCCGGAGACCAGCCCGGGUAGUAUCCUUCUACGCGCCGUCGGCCGAGACGGCGGAGACACUGUACGAGGUUCUGGGGAUCGCGGAGAACGGCAGCACGAUGUCGGACAUCAAGAGAGCGUACAAGCAGAUGGCCCGUAAGUACCACCCAGAUGUGUCCCCACCGGAACGGGUGGACGAGUACACGCGCCGCUUUAUUCUGGUGCACGAGGCCUACGAGACCCUGUCCGACCCCAACUCCCGGGCCUCCUACGACCGGGAUUUGGCAACCGGUUUUGGUUUUGCCUAUGGAAAAUCCGGCCCACGGAAUCAGGAAAUGAAGGGAAAAGAGGAAUGGAAAAGCAGGUGGGAAUCACAACUGGAUGAGCUCAAGCGAAGGGGAGGGGAUAGGAAUUCCCGCGGGAGAAUGAGUUGGGGCUCCCGAAUGCGCACCCAAACAUGA